AGGAAUGGAUUAGUGUCGUCUUAUGUUUCUCCUUGAUGUCUUUCAACUUCUACAAACUUCUCUUUUGCCUGAGACUGGAGCAUGCCUUCUCAAUUAUUGUUGGUAUAUUUGCAGGAAUCAUUACUGCUGACUUUGUAUCCGGUUUAGUGCACUGGGGAGCAGAUACAUGGGGAUCUGUAGAUCUGCCAGUAGUUGGAAAGGCAUUUAUCAGACCUUUCAGAGAACAUCACAUUGAUCCAACAGCAAUUACCAGGCAUGACUUCAUAGAAACCAAUGGCGAUAACUGCAUGUUGACGAUAGCUCCGCUGGCAAACAUGGCCUACAAAUUAGCUUCUUUAUCAUCAGAAGCGUUACACCAAACAUGUCCUUGGGAGUGCUACGUCUUUGCCCUGUCUGUAUUUGCAACCUUGACCAACCAAAUUCACAAGUGGUCUCAUACCUACUUUGGUCUUCCUCGCUGGGUAAUUUUUCUGCAGGACUGGCAUGUUAUCCUGCCACGGAAACACCACCGGAUCCACCAUGUGUCUCCUCAUGAGACAUAUUUCUGUAUUACGACAGGCUGGCUGAAUUACCCACUGGAAAAAAUGAGAUUUUGGAGAUUCAUGGAGAAUAUCAUUGAAGGACUGACAGGAGAAAAACCCAGAGCAGAUGACAUGAAAUGGGCCCAGAAAAUAAAAUAACCCUUGCCAGGCUUCUGCUGUUGUGAAAACCUGUUGCCAAUUUUUUUAAAAGAAAAAAAGCCAUCAGCCAAAUUAAAAGACUUGCAGAGAGUUAAUGGACUAAAGCACAAAGCUUUUUAAAAAGUGCUAACAGACUGCAGUUAAAAGACUCACUCCUCAAAACAAUACUUGAAAAUGCAAAUGGAUAAUUCUCGUCUGUUACUGAGCACCUUCUGUUAGCCACAUUUGCUGAUAACUGAACAUUGUCAUCCUUGACACUCCAAAGCCAUUAGCUGGAGAAGGCAGUGUACCUUCCUAGUAACAUUUGUCAUUGGCACGGUAAUGUGUUGUAUCAACAUGAAUUCCCACUCUGAAAAUGAUUUUAAGGCCAUAUGGAAUGGCAAAGUUCGCAAGCUAGCUCCCUGUUUUUAAAGUUUUAACAGUUGCUACCUGAGAAUUGGAGGGAAAGGUAUUGUCAUCACUUUAAUGCACUUAGUGUUUGGUGCAUCCUUCCAGUUGCUUCACCUUGCUAUCAUAUCAAGACAUUGUCCAUAUGGUGUGCAACAGAAUAUUUGGGAGUCUCAGCCUAGUUCAUUAGCGUUACUUAAAGCUGACUAUCUCCUAAAAUAAAGAAGUGUUCCAUUCCUUGAUAUUUGAGCUGCCCAUUGCUGUAUCACCCUACAGCUAACUUUGUAGCAGUUUGGGAUGGGAGUGAGGCAGGACAGAAUUUGUGUUCUGCACAAAUGUCAGACUUAAAUUACUUCCAUUGGAUCAUGUAGUGUUCAGUAAUUGGUUUUAUUCAGUAUGAUUCCUCUUCCAAAAUGUUUAAAAUAGCUAUAGAAAAUUGGUCAUUGUCAAAUUUGAAUGUUAGAAGGAUUACGUUAAUGGUGUGUGUGAUUAAGGUGCUUGCUCAUUUCAUGUAAAUAUCAUAAAGCCUUAAUUACUUCUUCGGUGUAACAUGGAAUAACAAUUUUAAUGUGGUCUGAAUGUAUAUAAUUUAUAACAAAGCAGUUCAAUUAUACUAAUUGCAUUUGUU